UGAAAUCAAAGCACUUCGCCAAAGGAUAAGCGAUACUUAGAUUUUGUCUGUGUCCAGCACGUUAAGAAAAUGGUAACUUAAAAAUUUAGAAUCAGGGAAUAUCGACAAGGAUGGAACACGUUUAAUGUAUGAAAUUUUUCCAGUGUGUAAUGAAUCGAAAAUGUGUUAAUUUUCAGGAUUCACCUGUGUCGCAUUUCUUGAAUAGAAUUCAAGAGAAAGAAAAAUGGGUGUCGAUGCGUCAGUGACGACCCGACCUAUAAUUUGGUUGUGGGGAUUUUCUGUGAUUUUUGUGCACGUUGCAGAGGUGGCGAGUGUGAGUGUAAGUGUUCAAUGGAAUGAUAUUCCGAUAGAAGGAAAGGAAAUUUUUAAUGUGUCGAGCGCCGACAGAAAUUGGAAUUAUAGACAUGAUAAAAUUUAUAACUCCAAAAACCGAAGUAGGGGGUCGGUUGUAGAAAUAAGAAAUGGUGCUGUUAUAAUGAAAUCUAGUGUUCCUUGUGAUAAAAUAGAAAAUCCUUUAGAAAUCCGGAUUUUAUCCUCAAGGGACAAUAACAAUGCAAAAAUUGUGUCUUUGUUUCCAUUGAAAAUCAGCAUACAAGGCAAAAACUGUCUCAUACCAAAACAUAGAAAAACCCAUAGAAGGAGGCAGAGAAAUGAAAAAUAUCGUAUCAUUGUAAAAAGCAAAAACUUUCAUUUUAAUUGGUGCUUUCGUAAACAUGAAUCUGUGCUCAAUAUUGGGGCAUUAUUGCCAAGAUCACUACACAAAUGUGACAAAGUUAAUUUUCAUCCAAAAGAUCCAUUAUCAUUGAUAGCUUUUGAUCAGAAAGACCGGUCAUUGUAUGCACUUCAAAAAUUUUGUACUCCAUCUUCACGGUUUUCAGUAUCUGGUCAUUUAAAUGUUAAGUGCUCCAAAGCAUCACAAGUCGAAGAAAUCCCAGUGAAAAUAAUAUUCCAGAACCUGCUUGAGUUUCAACAUGAGUCCUUACCUUCGUCCAAUCCAAAUCAUCACAUACGACUUCGAAGACAAGUGAUAAACACGGCUCCAAAAUUUCCACAAGUCACCUACUCUGCCAGUGUACAGGAAAAACAGAACCCUGGAUACCACGUGAUAACGGUGACAGCGACAGAUAGUGACAGCGGCGACAACAGUGUCAUCACCUAUAGCAUGACUGCCCAGAAUGACCAGCGAAGCAAGGACAUGUUUGCCAUAAACCCAGUGACCGGUCUGGUCAACACCACCGUGAUGUUGGAUCGGGAGCUGAUUCCAAGACACACCUUUGCAAUAUAUGCUACCGAUAAUGGAUACCCUCAGCUGUCUGCUAUGGCUUUACUUACCAUCACUGUUUUAGACAUUAACGACAAUGAUCCAAAGUUUGAGCAAAGCGUUUAUUAUCAGGAAGUGGCAGAAAAUCUGCCAGUUUCCUCUACCAUCAUGACAAUUAAGGCCACAGAUUCUGAUGAAGGAAGAAAUGCCGAGAUACGAUAUCGCAUCAUAGAAAAUCAGCAGUCAUCAGCUUUCAUGAUAGAGCCUGUGACAGGUACAAUAACAACCCGGGCUGUACUAGAUCGUGAAAGUAAUGCCUCGUACCAGAUUCUAGUUCAAGCCACUGACCAAGGUGACGUAGCAAACAGGCGAUCCUCCACAGCAACUGUUAACAUUGCUGUGUUGGACGAAAAUGACAAUUAUCCACAAUUUUCACAGAAAACAUAUCUUGUGAAUGUAUCGGAGGACUAUAACUUCAACAUGAACCUUGCAAUUGCUAAAGUGAGUGCAACAGACAGAGACCUUGACAAAAAUGGCCAGAUAACUUACAACAUUUUUGGGGGUAAUACCUUCGACACUUUCAGAAUUGAUCCAGCGACUGGUGAAAUCUCAGUUCAGAAGCAGUUGGAUUAUGAAACAACUGAAGAAUACAGGUUAUCCAUUCAAGCUCAGGACCAGGGUGAACCACCCAAGACUAACACCACUGAUGUCAUUAUUAAGGUCAUAGAUGUAAACGACAAUCCACCAAUAUUCCAUGCGGCACCAUAUCGUGGUAACGUGCCUGAAGAUGCACCAAUAAACAGCACGGCUGUAGCGGUACAGGCUCAGGACAGUGAUGACGGACUGAAUGCCCUGUUGGUCUAUUCCAUUGUUAACCCUGAUCAAAACCUGCCAUUUUGGAUUGACUCUGCUACAGGAGAUGUCAAGGUCAAAUCAAAAUUAGACCAUGAAAAGCAUGAGAAUUAUAACUUUGUUGUGAUGGCAAGAGACCAAGGAACCCCUGUAAAGUCUGAUACCACAAAUGUCUUUGUGACUGUGAGAGAUAUAAAUGACAAUGCUCCUGUAUUUUCUCAGAAGAUUUACAAUCAGACUGUGUCAGAAUCUACCGCUACAACAACUCGGAUCCUCAGUGUUUCAGCUUCAGAUGCUGACAGCGGUGAUAACGCAUACAUCACGUAUUCCAUCGUCAGUGGAAAUGUCGGUAACACCUUUCAGAUUAGCACUAUAAAUGGAGAGGGUAUGAUUUCUUUGCAAAGAAAACUGAAUUACAAGGAGCAAGCCCAGUACCUACUGGAGGUUAGGGGAACAGAUCUGGGUGGAUUGUACGAUACAGCGCAGGUCAGAAUAUAUGUCCUUGACACAAACAAAUACCGGCCGGAGUUCCAAAACACACCAUAUAAAAUCGAGGUCAGGGAGAAUGUUCCCGUUGGAUCCUCAAUUUACCGAGUUUUAGCUGUGGAUCAGGAUGUUGGAGAGAAUGGAAGAGUUUCGUAUCGACUCGGACAGGGAACCAAUGGCUUUGAAAUUGACGAGAAUACUGGAGAUAUUAAAACUCGCAUGAAGUUGGACCGAGAGACAACUCCUAGUAUGUCUUUUGCUGUGGAAGCCUAUGACCAUGGCCAGCCCUCAAUGACAGCUGUUAUCAUGGUCCAUGUUAUAAUAUUAGAUGAGAAUGACAACGUCCCUCGCUUUACCCAAGACAAUUUCACAGGCAGUAUAGUAGAGAAUGCAGAAGUUGACAAAAGUGUGAUGCAGAUCUCCGCAACAGAUGAGGACAAGGGGAAUAAUGCUAAAAUCUCGUACAGCCUUGUUCACUCUACAAUUCCUCCCAGUGAUCACUUCUCGAUCGACCCGGUGUCGGGUGUGAUCAGAGUCGCCCAGAAGCUUGAUCGCGAGACAGUGGCUGUGUACAACCUGAAAGCUGUCGCGACGGAUGGAGGCGUUCCUCCACGGUCAUCAACAGUGGGCGUCAGGAUAAAUAUCAUAGACAUCAACGACAAUCCACCUAAGUUUCCGUCAAAGGAACUAGAAAUCCGAGUUCCAGAGAAUACUCCAGUUGGUUCUGUGUUGAUGAAGGUUUCUGCCACCGAUCCGGAUGAAGGUGAAAAUGCACAAGUGGAUUAUGAAAAGAUACCUGGUCUGGAUGCGGAUAAAUUCGAUCUAAGCUAUAGACCAGGUGAACCAGCAAUUUUGAAAAAUCGUGUGGAUUUUGAUUAUGAACAAGGACCCAGGAUAUUCUAUGUCAAAAUUUAUGCGAGAUCGGAUCCCUUCUUUGAAGAUGCCACCCUUGUGAUCAUGAUUCAAGACGUCAAUGACAACAAACCAGAGCUGAAGGACUUUUCUAUAAUAUUUAACAAUUUUGAGGAACACUUUGUUACUGGCCCGAUUGGUAGAAUUCCUGCCACUGACCCCGAUGAGAUCGACCAAAACAAAUUGAGAUACGAGAUUCUAGGGGGGAAUGAAGCGCAUUUCCUUGACCUGAACACGUCAACAGGGGAACUUACUCUAGACUAUCGCCUUAACUCUGAUGUGCCCAGAAACGGUACUCUCCAAGUCAAAGUUUCAGAUGGAAUGAAUGAGAAGAGAGCCACAUGUCGCCUUUACGUUCGCCUGGUCACCAAGGAGAUGUUAGAAAAGAGCGUCACAAUUCGCCUCAACAACAUUACCCAGAAUACAUUUCUCUCUCCGCUCUACAAGUUCUUUGUCGAUGCUCUGGCCUCGGUUCUAAAAACAGAAGAGAAGAACAUCUAUGUCAUUAAUGUGGAGAAUGAUACAGAUGUAUCAGCCACUGUUCUCAACGUCAGCGUCGCCGUACGUAAGGCGGACGGAUCGUUCUACGACGCAGAGGUUCUUAAGGAGCAGAUUUACCUCCAGAGGAUCAGACUGGCCGAGCUGUCUACUCUACAGGUUCUGCCCUUUGAGGACAAUAUCUGCAUCCGAGAGUUUUGUGCAAACUUUGAGCACUGCAUUUUCUAUGUGAAGUUUGGUCGCCCUCAACCCUUCAUUCACUCCGACAUGAUGCUGUUUCGUCCUAUUCACCCAGUGAACAGUUUUAGGUGUGAAUGCCCCUCUGGAUAUGCCAUGACUACUGGGGAUUACUGUAAUAUGGAGAUAGAUGCCUGCUACAGCAGUCCCUGUAAGAAUGGGGGACAGUGUAAACGCAAGGAGGGAGGCUACACCUGUCUGUGUGCACCUGACUUUACAGGAGAGACGUGUGAAAUUAACCUGAGGAAGCAGUUUGACAUCCUAACAUGCCCCCAGAAUGUCUGCCAGUCUCCAUCACAGUGCGAGGCCAAUCAAAAUCAGGGAGGGUUCCAGUGUAGAGGCUGUCCCGCUGAGCCUCAUUAUGACAAGUAUUGUCAGCUGACCACACGCAGCUUUGCCAUUGGCUCCUACCUCACCUUCCCAGCAUUCAAGAGGAGAUUCAGAUUCAAUAUUCAGCUGAAAUUUGCCACCCAGAUGAAGGAUGGUCUACUGUUUUACAAUGGCAGAUUCAAUGACAGAAAUGAUUUUAUGGCUCUGGAAAUCGUAGAUGGUCAGCUACAAUUCUCCUUCAGUACAGGAACCAAUAAAACAUCUGUAAGGUCAAAGGUCUUGGGAGGUGUGUCCAAUGGAGAGUGGCAGUUUGUACAAGUAGAUUACAUAAACAGGACUGUGACGUUAUCUGUUGGGGAGGAAUGUGAUACACAAAUAGCUGUGAAGUACGGACACCUGAUAUCAGAUCAUCCCUGUGCUGUACAGACCACCUUUGAUAUCCCAGACAUAUGCUACACCAAUGUUGUACCCCAGGUACAGUGUCCAAAGUUCCUGGACCUGAAUGGUCCCCUACAAAUUGGAGGUCUCCCCAACCUUCAGAGUCAGUUCCAGACAGAGAAUAGGCACUACAAAGGCUGUAUCAAGGACUUCUACAUAGACCAUAAGCUGCUGGAUCUCAACAAAUUUGUCCUGAACCAAGGAACCGUAGCUGGCUGUGCCGAGAAAACCAACCAGUGUAUUUCUGCCCCUUGUAAACAUGGAGGUACUUGUCAUGACCGAUGGGGGACUUAUUUCUGUGAGUGCCCGGACCGAGCUGGGGGUAAGGACUGCAGUCAGGUGAUCGACCAGCCAACUCGACUGGAGGGUAACGGCUUUCUGCUGUAUACAGAGAACUCUCUGACCAGUAAAACUAUCCUGUAUGCCUGGUACAAUGGUAUUUCCUUCAGGACUCGAGCAAGUUCAGGCGUACUGAUGUACGUUGUGAUCAAUGAGGGUUACACCAUCACAUUAGAGCUGGUAGCGGGCUAUGCUCAGUACCACGUGAGCGGGGUCAACAGAACGUUUGUCUUUGAUUAUCUCCCCGUUAACGACGGCCAGUGGCACUACCUGGAGGUCAGGUGGCCCAGAAACUGGGAGAUCAUUCUGGUCAUGGAUUAUGGCCAUUGGCAGAAAAAGGAGAACAUAACAGUCCUCCUAAGUAACAAGAUUGUAGAUAGAGUGUACGUAGGAGCAAUGAGAGAAAACGACGGUCCAAUAUCCAAAGGCUUUGUGGGAUGUGUGGAGAACAUAAUUGUCGGGAACACCAAUACGGCACUCCUCUCACGACCUUCACACAGCAACACCUACCCAGGAUGCACCAUUACCAGUGCCUGUAAGGAUAACCCGUGUUCCGCUGGAGCUACGUGUGUGGACCACUGGGGGAAACAUGAAUGUGUCUGUCCUAAAGGUACCUUAGGACCGCAGUGUAAGGACAUCUGUAGGAACUACAACCCCUGUCAUUACGCAGCCAUCUGUCACGGCCCGACCUUUAACCCCAGCUCCCAGGCCGGCUAUACCUGUCAGUGCGGACAGCUACAGAGUGGGCGGUACUGUGAGUACGUGUCCACUCAGCCGUGCGAUGACGGCUGGUAUGGGUUCCCUGUCUGUGGCCCCUGUAACUGUUCCUACGAACUGGGAUUUGACACGAAGUGCAACAAAUCUGACGGCACGUGCUACUGUCAGGAGAACUACUAUCGACCAAUCGGAAGUGACCGUUGCUUCCCAUGUGACUGUUAUAAGUAUGGAUCCACAUCAAUUUACUGUGACAAGGUUACUGGACAGUGUCCUUGUAAGAAGAAUGUCAUAGGAAGAAAGUGUGACCAAUGUGAGAACAAGUAUGCACAUAUAUCAUGGAAUCCCAGUGAUGACAUUGGAUGCUUAGUCACAAACAGCAUGUGUCCGCGGCAGUUCUAUAAGAUCAUGUGGUGGGAGGCCAAGACCUUCACCGAGAGUGGCCAUGUCACCGCGGUACAGGACUGUCCAUUCGGAGCUGUGGGUGAUGCCAAAAGGAACUGUUCUAAGACUGAGCUGUGGUCUGAGCCUGACCUGUUUAACUGUACCAACAAGGACUUUGUCAGCCUAGAAACCCAGGUUAGCCAGAUGGAGAAUAGAACACUGAAUAUAACAACGUACGUGGCUAAGACUCUGGCGGCCAAACUGGCCAGCGCUACGUCCUCUGUCAGAGUCUUGUUUGGCAAUGACAUCAACAUCACGUACAGAAUCAUUAACCAGCUGCUGAAGUACGAGAACAAACAGUCUGGACUGGGCUUAACUUUAGAGCAGGACAGUAACUACCUACAGAACUUGUUGGAUGCUUUAAGCACAGCCCUGGAUCCACAGUAUGUCUACGAGUGGGAUAAGAUAAACCAGCGAUCUGGAGGGGUAGGGGAGAUAUUUUACCGCCUGGAGAAUUAUCUGGAUCUACUAACCCGUAACCUUGGCAGAAUGCAAAAAAAUCCUUAUAGAGUUGUCUCCAAGCAUAUUGUGUUAAGUGUGGAUACCUUGACCACCAGUAACACCACUGGAUUGAAGAUCCCCAAGUUUGACAACAUUGUCGCCGAGCCAACAUUUGACGACCAGACCCACGCAGUGUUGCCGCCGUCCAUCAGCCAAUCAUCCGUGGCCGAGUACAUCCAGCGCUUGAUGUCACAGGGAUCAGAGAAAUUCUAUGUGUCGUACAUGUUGUUUGAUACUCUAGGUUCCCUACUACCAUCUGGGCCUGGGAGUCUACAUACCAGUAUUGUCCAGAAUCCAGGCAGGGAGCUAGCUGUGAAUAGUCCAGUGUUAAGCCUGCUACUAAGAGAUCAAGACUGUGCCAUUAGUAAGGGGUUUUCAGAACCAGUGAAAUUCCACUUUAAACAGAAGGUCAAGGACAAUCGGACCAGCCCACAAUGUGUGUACUGGAAAACACACAACAAUGACGUGUGUAAUCACACCGAAUCCAAUAGUGAAAACAGCUAUCUUGGUCAGUGGUCAAGUGAGGGCUGUACUGUAGACAGAAGAUAUGAAGUUGAGAUCACAGGUCAAGGGUCACAGGUCUCAAAAGACAUGUAUGUGGUCUGCUCCUGCAAUCAUUUGACUUCUUUCUCCAUUCUUAUGGAAGUGGCCGAUUCAGAGUAUACAGCUAGGGCUGUUAUUUCCCUGGCCAUCUUCAGCUUUGUGGGGAUUGGGAUAUCGUUGGUCUGUCUGUUUGUGUCCUUCGUCAUCUUCUGUUCCUUUAAGCGCCUGCAGUGUAACUCUAACAGCAUCCUGAUCAACAUUGUGUUCACCCUAUUUGUGGCAGAGCUCGCCUUCAUUGCAGGAGUUUACCGCGUCUCUAGCAAGCUUAUUUGUCGAUUGGUUGCGAUUUGUCUCCAUUACUUUUACCUGGCUGCGUUCAGUUGGCUGUUUGUGGAGAUGUUACAUUUAUACAGACGACUGAUUGAAAUCAGGGACAUUAACUACGGCACAAUGAAGUUCUACUACCUGCUGGGUUACGUCAUACCAGGCAUCAUUGUUGGUUUGUCUGUGGGACUGUACACAGAUGGCUAUGGAAAUACCUCCUUUUGUUGGAUGGACAUUUCUGAGACCUUUAUCUGGAGUUUUGCCGGCCCAAUCGCUGUUGUCAUCCCGGCCAUCAUCUUCAUGUUCACACUGGCACUACAUUCUAGUUGUAAGGAGAAAGUCAAUGUUUCGGACAUAACAGCUUUCAGGACCCGGAUUUUCUCUGGUGUGAUAUUACUGCUACUGUUGGGAAUCUCCUGGAUUCUGGGACUACUUUCUGUGAACUAUGACCUGCAGCCAUUACAUUAUGUCUACGCAGCAUUUGCAUUCCUACAGGGAGCUUUUGUAUUCCUAGCCUAUGUUGUUGGUGACAAAAAGGUGCGUUAUAACCUGAAGAAGCAGUGGUACAAAAUGCAAGGAAAGAAGCUGGAUCCUGAUGACUCAGUGGUGGGAAGCAGACCUUCCAUCUCAAGGUCAGCCCUGGCCUAUAGACGAGACUCUUCCAUUGACGGCUACAUAAACAGGACAAAUGUUGGGAUCUCCACCACAUCCACCACUUCUAGAUCCACCAGUAAGAGCAGCGGGGGGCUGUAUAAAGGGGAGGACUAUCUACGCAGCACCGACACCUCUACCUCAGGACACGCCCCCUCCUACGCCUAUGAUAACUCGUACCACCAGAAGUCAGGGGAGGAUGAAGUACCAGAGAGAAGAUCCCGUUGUAAACACAGAAAUCCUGACUCGGAUUCUGAGAGUGAUGUGUCUGUCGGUCAGGCCAGUAUAGAGCUGGCCUCCAGUCACUCAUCAGAUGAGGACGACGACUUCGAUAUCGGACCAUCAUGGGAGAAACAACUGCCAAAAAAUCAGAAGAUUGAAGAAGCCAAAGAACAAAUGAAGAAAAAGCAGCAAGAACAGAGUCAACAUCAGGACUCAGAACAACAACAAAACCAACAGAAUCUGAAGCAUUUACACACAGGCCCCCAUUUGUACACCACACUUCCCAACUACGGACACUGGCCAGGUGACCCAAAUCUGUCAGGGUUCCACAUGAGUGAAUCUGAUUAUCAGCAGACCGUAUCCAGCAAUCCACCCGAUGUCACGCUUCCUGCUCAGCAAGAAUUACAAGAUGAUUUUAAACAGAACCACCCUCCCGGGGGAGGAGCACCACUCUCUUGCUGUGAUACAGACGAUUUUAAUCAGAACCACCCUCCACCUCCCCUCUCCGGCAGUGCAAUGAGGAACAAUCUCCUUGGAGCCAUUCAGCUGAAACGUACAUCUAGCGAACCAGCCGAGGAAAAAUUCGACCCAACAAAAAGCAUCCCUAACCUAGCGUUCGAGGGCCCAAAAGAAGAAACAGGGCCCACAGAAAGUUUUGCCGGCCCUCCGCCUUCGAUCCCCUCUGAACAACCGACAACCUCGGGUGGAGAUCCAAUGAAAAAUCUCCUAGGGGCCAUUCAACUUCAAAAACCCGAAACGGACUUCGUAGAGGAAAAAUAUGACCCCACAAAGAGUAUUCCAAAUCUAGCUUACGCAGGUCCAGUGGAGGAACCAAUCGAAGAGGCGACGGCCGAGGAGCCGUUGGAGGAAAAGCCAAGAGCCCCUUCCUAUGACUCUGGAUUUGUUACAUCAAGGACCGCAAGGAUUGCCAAUAACCAGAGUCCAAAAGAAUACACCGCACCUUCUAAAUCUCAGACCAAGUCAAAACCGUCGAAAAGCAGCCUUACUCAGACCAAAGGACCUCCUAGUCUGACGAGCGUUUUAAGUGCUGCACAACCAGAAAGACAACUAAGUUCUCGAGUGAGUUCGAACACUGGUGUGGAUAACAGUGUGAAGCUAGUGAAGCCAAGUCUAGUUAGAUUUAGUCAGAUAGGGGAACGGCACGGCGAAGGAGUGGAAGACCAGAGGUCCAGAGAAAGCACAGGGGGUUAUGUCGGACACGAAGAGGAAACUCUCAUAUCCUCCCACAAUAUACAUCCCCAUGAACCACUUUCUGACCAUCAUCUAGGCCAUGUUAGACAUCAAGCCCGGCCACUUAUUAUGGUCAACGAAGAUAACACAAUCAGAGCUGUUAAACAUAAACACGAGCUAAACGACAUCUUGAGGGCUACUACCGGUGACCACAUGCCCGAAUUACCACUAGAAAUACAAAACUACGUCGAUAAAUUCCAUGAUGUUCCGCUGAACAAAUUGAUGCAUUAUGCCGAGACUGGAUCCUAUCUAAGGGAGAGCUUCCUUGACAGCAACAUCUGCGACAUUCGUGUUCAUGUCGGUAAAGACACGUUCCCUGCGCACCGGAUCGUGCUAGCCUGCUUCAGUCCGUACCUAGCUUCAGUUUUAGAACACGAGAACCCACUUAAACAUAAAAAGCCCAAAGAUAUUCGAAUAUCGGGGGUUUCCGAACGGUCUGUUAAAGUUCUAUUGAAUUAUGUUUACACCGGAGAUCUAAGAAUGGAAACUGCCCUUAUUCCAGAUUUCAUCAAAUUGGCCGAUAAGUUUGAUGUUGCUGCAGUUCGACAAAAAUGUUUCGAUCAAGUAGAAUCGAUAACUGAUGAUGAACUCCUAGCUCUGCUCUCCGUGAUGAAAGACACGCACGACGUGGAAUACUGCGAUCGCAUCAUGAAAAGCCUUGCCUCUAAAUUCAUGCGCGUGAGAGACUGCAAGACAUUUCUCCAGCUCGAUAUCAACACUCUUUGUAUGAUAUUGUCAUAUGAUGCAUUGAUUCUGCGCAGUGAGAUGGAUAUUUUUUAUUCGGGUUUGAAUUGGCUUCAGAAUGGCGAUGCUAAGGAACGCUGUAAGUAUCUAGACCGAAUAAUGGACUGCGUUCGAUUUCCUCUGAUGAACCAAGCCGAGCUGUACGAGUGUGUGGAACGCUGUAGCCUGUUGAAAUCGAAUGCGACUUGCUUGCAAAGAAUUUACGAAGCUAACUGGCUGAUGACGAUGUCUAUGCUACAUAAGCAAGACCCCCUCCGUCUGCACGUCCCUCCCCAUCGUAAUAACAUCAACUCCAGCGCCAGUGUCAGCGACUAUAUUACGCGUACAUGUAGCAGAGUGAAGUCUGACGUCACUGUAGAAGUAGCAAGAGAUAGCUCUCCUAAUAAUCAUAACAGUGAGCCGGGAAUGUCAAGGACAAAAUACUCUCCCUCAAACUCACAAGGGAGUCCUCGUAACAACGACUCACAGGGGAGGGCCCGUAAUAACAAUGCAGGGGGCGCUGGGGAAGAAAGCUGUGACUCGGAGAUCUGUGCAUCUCCAUCAGUAAAAAUGGAGAAUUCAAAAUCCAAAGACGUUGCAGUUGAAGGAUUGAAAAUGGACCCCAGUCGAAAUCACACUAUUGUUUUUAUCAACAAACGCAUGUACAUGAUAGGUGGCUAUUUACCGAAAGAAAGCGUUCCAACUCCACGAAGAGACGUUCUGAUGUAUGAUAAGCGGUGUUCGACAUGGAAACCUGUCGCGCCCCUCCUGACCGCAAGAAUGUAUCACUGCUUAUGUGUCGUCAACGGCCAGAUUUAUGCCCUGGGUGGAAUAGGAGAAGACCACAGUAUUCUCAACUCAGUGGAGUGUUACAAUCCAUCCUCUAACUGCUGGUACUUUGUCAAGGCAAUGACGGUAGGAAGAAUGGGCGCAUGCGCUGCAGAAUUUGGUGGACAACUUUAUCUCGCUGGUGGUUAUGGUGAUUCAACUGGAAAAUCAGAACGAUUUCCGAUUUUGAACAGUGUAGAAUGUUUUAAUCCCCAUUCGAACAAGUGGACACCGAAACUAAAUAUGCGCUACGGUCGUUGUUACUCCAGUCUUGUGUCUGUUGGCCAAUCGUUAUACUUAUGUGGAGGUUAUGCAGUUAACCCGAGAUCACACGACCAUCAUCUGUCAAGCGUGAGUGAUAUAGAUGAGUACAGCAUCGCUAACGAUACAUGGAACUACAAGAAUCGUUUGGACACGGAUCGACAUGAUGCAGCUUGUUUUAUGUUGGAUAACAAGAUAUACGUAGUAGGCGGGAUAUCGUCACAGCUAGACCACGCCCUGAGUGACGUAGAAUGUUUUGAUCCACAAAGAAACGUUAUCUAUACACCAGAGAAAAUACCUUUCCAAGUCCAUUGGAUCAAAUGUGCCGUUUCCAAAAAUUAAAAUCAAUUCUGCCAAACUCAGUUAUUGUGAAGAAAGUUAAUAUUCAGCAAUGGAUAAACAUUUUAUGAAUUCUAUGAUUUGAUUUUUCGUGUGAUAAAAAAUAGUAAAAGUUGAAAUGUUAGUGAUUUAAUGUAACAUUUUGAUACAUAAAUAAAGGUUUAUUUGAAAUUGUUAAAAUGAUUUAUGUGACAUUUUAGUUUUAACUCAUUUAA